UUCGAGGUAACCGCUGUUGAGUGCCGGGGGAAAACGCGUUUAGAGAGCAGUUGUGCGUGAACAUGUGAAACGAUAAUGUUGUCAGUGGCAAUGAAGGAACAAGAAGUUGAAUUUAAUUAGUUAGCAACCUUGAAAAACAACCUUGUCGCAAUGUAGCCAGUGUUUUCCGAAGUGCUGUUACGUAUAAUAUGCUGCAGAAUCGUGGCAUCUAGUAGAAGUGCACAUAACUUAGUUCUGUCCUGUAUUUGUGUGUGAUUGAAUGUGUUGAACAUUUCAGUACGUAAAGCGGUAGAAACUGUUCAUGCUCUAUUAACUGUAUGGGCCUUCUACCUUUUGCAAAAUAAUCCGCAAGUUCCAAUAGGAUGGCUGUCACAGUCUUCUCUCUUUUGCGCAAGCGCUUAUCUCCAAUGCAUAUAUCUGCGAGACGACUGAUUUCUUGGACUGUGCUAACGAAGAAUGAACAACUACAUCGGCACACAAGGUUGUCAUCCGAGCAGGUGACGUUGAGAAUUGUGUGUGGAAGAUAUUGGAAGUUGCGCUGCAUGAACCUGGUUGCUCAGUAUAAUACCACAGCUCCGAAGAGCUACUGUUAUAAAGAUGACACGACCUCCGUUGUUAGGAAAGAAUCACCUGACAAUGCACCAGAUACAAAUAAUUUAUUGCCAGCUCUCUUGCCAUAUGCCCAGUUAAUGCGGCUUGACCGUCCGAUAGGAUCAUGGCUGUUGUAUUGGCCAUGUGCUUGGAGUAUAGCUAUGGCAGCCUCUCCUGGUUCCUGGCCUGAUCCACUCCUACUGGGACUGUUUGGCAUUGGUGCCAUUUUGAUGCGUGGUGCAGGCUGUACUGUUAAUGACAUGUGGGAUCGUGAUAUAGAUUCAAAAGUGACUCGAACGAAAACUCGUCCAUUGGUGACUGGCGCUCUGUCUCAGUUUGAUGCUCUUGUCUUUCUGGGAGGUCAACUGGCACUGGCUUUGCUCGUGCUUCUGCAGCUCAACACAUACAGCAUUGUUCUGGGUGCCUCAUCUUUGGGUUUGGUUGCCAUGUAUCCAUUGGCAAAACGUAUCACGCACUGGCCACAGCUUGUGCUGGGAGCAACCUUUAACUGGGGUGCCUUGUUGGGUUGGAGUGCAGUGCACGGCUCAUGUUCCUGGCCAGUUGUCUUGCCUUUGUACUGUGCUGGUAUAUGCUGGACUAUCAUAUAUGACACAAUUUAUGCACACCAGGACAAAGCAGAUGAUUUAUUGUUGGGUAUAAAGUCAACUGCAAUAAAGUUUGGAGAACGUACUAAGCCUUGGUUGUGUGGUUUCACCAUAGCAAUGGCAACAGGUCUGGGCAUAUCAGGGUUUCAAGCUGAACAGACAUGGCCUUAUUACUUAGGUCUUACAUGUACAAUAAUGCACAUUGCACAUCAGAUUUAUACACUUGACAUUAACAAUGUCAGAGAUUGUCAGAAAAAAUUUGUUUCUAACCAAAAAGUUGGAGCUUUAUUGUUUUUAGGAAUAGUGAUUGGUAAUUUCUUAAAAAAAGACAACUCUGAACACACAGACAAAGAAUCUGCAAAAUAGUCUUGGAAGACUUGGCUGUUGACAUCAGUUAUACUAUCACUGGUCACAUCUAGUCAUGUGUUUUGUAAAGUCAGUGCAUGGUUGAAAAUGUUUACUUAUUAAUUAAAAUGUUAAUUGAAGAUUACACCAUUCAUGUGGAAACUCCUACAAUCGUGUAUUGUUGCUAUACAUCUUCAGAGAUGAACUGUACCCAAAAGAUAAACAGUAUCUUCUGUGAAGAGUGUUACAUGUUAUUUAUUUUAGACACUUGUGUUUUGUUGAUUGUGAAAUGUUUUUGUAUUUGUACAAUCUGCUGGCAGUUUGUUUUUGUUGUUGUUUACUACAAUAUAAUUAUGUAUAUGAAGUU